CACCAAACAAGGCAUCAAGCCAACAACAAGAUGACGCUUUUGUUGAUGUCUUCAAUUCAAAACAGACGUAAGGUUUCAUUGCCUAUCGGAGCUUGAAGACUUCAGAAAGCCGAACCAUCAGUUCCCUCGUCGCUGCAAACUCGGCUGCAACAACUACUUCACACAACGAAACUCAAGGUACCGUAUUGAGACUAGCGCCCAGCAGAGGGUCCACGAAGGCGCAGCAAAGCCACAGAAGCAUUUGUCAACUAUGGAUGGCGUUGAAGACUCCCCAAUCAAACAAAAGAGUGUUCUCAUGAUGAGUACGAAGUCGCCGCACUUCAUUCCAGAAGCGUCCCCAAGGUCAUCAAAGCAGUACGUGAGACCUCACGCCACACCUUCAUUUACGACCUCGAUUGAUGGUCUUGAUAGUUCUUAUCGGAGUCAAGGUAUGCCGUCGAUGAAGGAUUCUCAUCGCAGAACAACCGUGAAAGCCAAAACGAAGAGGCACGCUGUCCAAUCCGCCCAUGUUCCAACUCGGCUGGCAACUGAUGUGAGGACUGACAACCCAAUGGAGGAGCCUACCUUGCUUUGCCCCGGAAGAUAUGCCUCUCCUAUUCACUCGGAAUCCUUACGUCGUCCACAUUCCCACGUUGAGAAUGGUCCAGGUAUGGAUGUGCCCCCGCAGCAGGUGAUCGUGCCAUCGUCCAGGCGAAAAAAGAAACUCCACACUACCAACCACCUGAACUUUCAUCAUGGGGACUUGGAUGAUGAUGGCAAUAAGGACAGGGAAUCCUUGACAAAUUGCAUCGACUGGAGGGAGCUAGAACGACACCAGAAGCAUUCGAAACGCUGGAUGGAAGAAAAGGAAUGCUUAUUCUCCAACGAAUACAUACUCCCUGGACCGGAGGCACAGCUGGCCGGCUCCAACAACGCAAUACAAACAGCCAAUAGCAGCAGUGCACCUCCCACCCAAGUAGGAAUGUUCCAAAUUCCGGAACCUGCCCCUGAUUUGACGCCAUUCAAUGUGUUUUCCCAAGCUGCGCGGGAUACGCACAGGACAAACAACAACACGAGCAACAGCAACGACAACCCUAGUACCGGAGCUGCUGAAGAUCCCUACUCCGGGGGACUUGUCAUUGAGGCACGAGUUGUCGAGGAUGACGACGACGAUCGGCACUCAUCACGAAAAGUCAGUGGUUUGCGUAGGCAAAUGUGCUUUGGGUUUGUUUGCAUGUUUGCCUUGCUCGCCAUGGGGACUGCUGGGGUCGCCCUGUUGGUGUUGAACCAGUUAAACGUGUCGUCUUCCUUGACUCCAACCGCUACACCCCAACCCACUGGUCUCACGAAGCAGCCAGCGGUCCCUCCCACUCUCACACGAGACCCAUCAUAUGCCCCGUUCACCGCACCUCAAACCCCAUGGCCCACCACCUCGCCUCCCACUACAAGGCCUGCAGUUACGCCCCUUACCACUAUCUCACCCACGGCAAGAUCAUCAACCACGACAAAUCCAACGCUGAGGCCUACCAACCCACCCACUACCAUUGCACCUACUCAAUGGCCCACUACCAUUGCACCCACAACUAUUCCUCCUACUCCUGUUGCUUCUGAUGUAAGUGUGGGUCGAAACAUGACAUUGACAGGAAUUGAAAUCAUGACUGGCAAUCACUGGAAAGAACAAGAUGAGGAGUACAUUUACCCCGCUAUUACGAUCAAUGACGAAGUGUUCCUUCCAUCCAGUUGUGCGGCCCGUUGGUGCACCUUGUACAGACUGGUAUCCAAAGACUCUGUGAAAACCUAUCCUGAUUUUGCCGAUUGGUAUUCUACCACUAAUGGUUACUCUGUUGCUGGUACAAGCAAAGGCGUCGAAAUGGGAGACAUGGAGCUCAAGAUAUUGGUUUUGAAGAAAACCGAGGAUUGGUUGUAUCAGACCAACAAUGCCAGCCAAUUCGUUGAGUACCAGUGGCAGAUUAGCGCCUCAGACUGGUUCCGUCCUCAACAGAAUUGGAUAUCGAGCGGUCAGGACCUCAGCAGCAGCGGAUCCUUUUACAGGUGGCGAUUCGAUGUCGUCCAAGUUUGAUUUUGGUCGCAUGAUGGCGGAUGCCAGGAGGCUUUAAAAACUAGUGUAGCAUGCAUUGCAGUGUACCCGUCUGCUGCCUUUGCUGUGUCCAGUGAGGCGACGACUACAUACAAGUUCCCACUGGCAGAGCGCAAAGCGUAGGAGUAGAUACCGCACUUUUUAUAGGUUUGUGAUACACAUCUCAUCUCUACGACUUCAUCGUUCUAUCUCAACAGUCAGCAAUACAUGUAGUGCUUCCUUCGUUUUCUGUGACAAAGAUUUCGGAAGGGGGGUCAAACUCGGAACUGUCCCCAUCUAGCAGCUUGGAAUCGUCAUCCAAGAUAAUUCUGGGCUUGAUGGAAGUCUGACCCAUUUGAAAGUUCACAAACUCGUCAAUGAGCACUUUUCCUUCGGAAGAUCCCUUGAGUUCCUUGACCAUGGAAUAGAGUUUAUCAACUUCAGAGUCCCUCAAGUUUCCGCCCAAGUCUUUGCUACGCGAUCUCUUCUGCGCUAGUUUCUGAAGAUCGUUGGCGGAAGACGUCUUCUUAUUGAGCUCCUCAUCGGUUGAGAUUUCUCUUCCUUUGUCGCUGAAAAGACGAACUAAAUCAUCGUGAGUAGAGCUCCUUUUGUGCGAAUGGUCAGUAGAGGUCUUCUUGGGGGAGUGCUUGUCAGGAGAUCGUCGUGGUGAUUUGGAUCUCUUCUUGGAUGAGUGAUGAUGAUGGUGCUGAAUGUGAUUGCGAGAAGACCUGCUUGGCCUUGUGGGUGACUUGGAAAAGCCCUUUCGUCUCUUUUCGCUUUUGGCUUUGGCCGUCUUGAUGAAGUCAGUGAUGGGCUUGCUGGCAUCAUCAUUGACACCAGACAUCAAGUCUGCUGUGAGUUUGGAGAAUGGAUUAGUCAUGGCCUGGUAUAUUUUUUGUUUUGUUGCUUUGCAUUAUGAGACUGUCACUACAUGUCCCUCCACCCCUCUCCUUCGGUUUGGUCUUGUGCUGUGGAAUGUGGAAGGCCAUGCAUGUGCUCACUU